CCUCUCCUUUCUAGCCUCCUCCGUCGCACCCUGCCCAACAAUCUCCCUCUCCUCAUCAUUCAAGAAGGUCGAGUACACUUCUAAAAGUACCGGGUCGUCAACCUUUGAGGGGUCGAGCAACCAUAGAUGGACCUCUCCAGGGCUUGGGGCGGCCCGCAAGAAGGAGCUUCCCAGCAUUCGACGUUGUGGGUGGUAGCAGCUGGAUGGGUACACAAGUGAAAGCGCCUUGAAAGAGUUCAGCGCUCGUAGAAGGAAGACGAGUGUCAUCAACACCACCAAUUGACCGGCGGCAAUACGAUUGAUGGUGGUGUUAGGCCAAUUGUAUGACCAGCGUUUUGGACCCGAGUCUAUCCCUUGUGUAAUCUUAUCUCAAGAGCGCCUCAAUGUGAUGGGAAAGGAGAAGUCUCGCAUGAGCAAUGUUGAAUGAGCGCCCAAGCAAACUUUGCUGCACAGUCCGCCAAUUCAACUCAUGACUAUUUGAAGUUGAGCGUCCUGCAGCCUCAGGCUGCAUUAUGCAGAUAGAAUAGCGUUGAACCCAAGGGCCAGCUCCUUGCCACUGCUUGAACAGAAGAACGAGGUGGCAGUGGCAAUUCAGCUUGUUGGAGUUGUUAUCAUCCUGACAGGUUUCAAAGGCCGCAAUCUGCAGGUCAAACGUGCAAAUGGAGGACUUGGUCCAAGAGCCCGCCGGCAUUGAGGUGGCGGGCGCACCUUCCAUGCCUGUGGAUGCGGAGAUAGCAGAGGCGGGCGACAUUGAUAUCAUGGAGACAACGAGCUGGCAGUGGCCGACUUUAGAUUAUGGAGAGUCUCCUGAGAGAGUGCUGAUCAUAAGAAAACAGUUUCAAGAUGCCCAGCGCAAGAGUGGUGCGGCCGACAAGUAUCCCUUUGGAAACUUUCUGAAAGGAGUGAAGUGGUCGCCUGACGGCACAAGCUUUCUCACCAACAGCGAGGAUGCCAAGCUCCGGGUUUUUGACCUACCGGCUGACACCCUGCAACGUCCUGCGCUCGACUCCGAAGUUGAAGAUGACUCCGUUGCGGCCGCCCUGACCAUUUGGGAAGGGGAGAUCGUCUAUGAUUUUGCAUGGUUCCCAAACAUGCAUGCAUCAGAUCCUGCCACCUGCUGUUUCGUUGCCACAUCUCGAGACAAGCCCGUCCACCUGUGGGAUGCGUACACAGGACAGCUGCGAGGCACAUACCGAGGCUAUAACGACAAGGACGAGGUUACGGCAGCCUUCAGUGUAGCCUUCAGCACCGGAGGCGACAGGCUCUGGUGUGGUUAUGAGCAGUGCAUACGAGUCUUUGACGUGGCGCGCCCUGGCCGUGAGUAUACGGAACAUAUGACCGUCAACGGGGUGACCAAGGAGGGCCAGGCAGGCAUCAUCUCCUGUCUCAGUGCCAGCCCAGACCACGGGGGCCUUGUCGCAGCUGGUAGCUACGACCGAACCGUGGGGAUCUACUCCGAGGCGAUGGCCGAGCAACUCUUCGUGUUGUCCGGCCACACUGGCGGGAUCACCCAGGUCCAGUUUUCCCGAGACGGUACGUACCUCUACAGCGGCGCCCGGAAGGACGGCAGCAUCCUGUGCUGGGACGUCCGUUACACGGUUGGGGAAGUCUACCGGUUGUCUCGAGAGAGUAGUAACACCAACCAGCGGAUCGCGUUUGACAUCGAACCCGGGGGAAGGCACUUGGCAACCGGGGGAGAGGACGGGUGCGUCAGGGUGUUCGACUUGACGACCGGGGAACUGAAGGCAACGCACCGGGCGGCGCCGGACACAGUGAACGGGUUUGGGUUUCAUCCGAUGUUGCCGCUGGUGGCGACGGCCUCGGGGGAGCGGAGAUUCAGAGUGUGGGACGAGGACGAUGAGGAAGAUGAAAGAGAGGCAGAAGACGAAGGCAUGCGUAACUCGGUGUCCAUCUGGCGCUUUGCAUGCUCCUGGCCGGAAGGUCCUGUGAGUAGCGCAGAUGGCGAUGCGCCCAGGGAAACGGACGCAGACAGCAUCAUCACUCUGGAUAACGGGGCCCCUGACAAGUUCUGCGUGGAUGGCAAUGGAGAAGCUGACCCAAGGGACACCAUCCACGGCGGAUUGGGAAAGCCAAGUCGGGGCGAGUGCGAGGUGGCCGGAACCAACGGAGCUUGGUCAGCAUCGUCUUUGCAAUGCAAAUGUGCAAACUCGUGCUUCCUUCGGAUACAUGUAUGA